AUUAUCCAUAGUUAGGAGUUAUUAUCAAAAAGUGUUUUUAUUCACCCAUCAGUUUCUAUUCACCUGGUUUUACAAACCGGUUAUUAUGGGUUCGGUUCUAGCCGCUGUCAAGGACAAACCUAAAGUGGAAACUACGUAAACAAUGGAAAAAGUAAUUCACAAGAAAUAAGUUUACACUCAUUUUUAAACUUUUUUAUGGCAUGGCUGAGAUUUAAAAACUGGUUUAACGUUCAUACUAUGGCUUACAAAUGUAAAUUAAUAAUGAAAACUUCUUCUAUUUCAUUCAAAAUUUAAAAUUAAUUUCACCUACCGAUGUAUUAUCACCAUAUUACAGUGCAAUAUUGGAGUGGUCGUAUUGCGCGCACUGUCAGUUAUCGAUGUUGUGUCACAAUCAUAUGCUCUUGCUCUGCGGAUGCUGAGGUUCUUCUUUGAGCCGAAUCCCCGUUCCCAUCAAUUUGAAAUUGUCAACGUCGGACCACGAACAGUAAAAACUGCGCCUACAGUCGUCAAACUAGUCUGUUGCGAGAAUUUUGAUAACGUUGUGUGCAGUAGACCAAUCGCGCGAAGUUCACGUACGAAUAACAUUAUGUCUUCCUUUUACGAGAUAACAAACCUGUUCUGGACUUUGAAAAUGGAGUGGAACAAGACACAACCCGAUUUCAAGAAGUGUAACGACAUGUUGAUGGAUAUCAAGAUUGGGAUGAUUAAUCAUAAAUUUUUACCGGUAAAUGUGGAAGAACCAGAUCUAAGAGAGUAUUUUUUUACAAGAGAUAUUUUAGAAAUUGGUGUUCAAUGUAGCGUUGGCAUGCAUGAUAUUUCAUCUUUUGAACGAUACAUGGCUCAACUCAAGCCAUAUUAUUUGGACUACAAGGACAAAAUAUUACCAAAGUCUCUCAAUGAAUAUCAUUUGUUUGGUCUAAAUUUAUUGUUUUUACUCUCGCAAAACCGAAUAGCCGACUUUCAUACUGAAUUAGAGCUACUCCCAUUUAAUAUAAUUCAAACUAACCCAUAUAUUAUUCAUUCGGUUGCUUUAGAACAGUAUUUGAUGGAAGGCAAUUACAAUAAGAUAUUUGAAUCAAAGAAUAAUGUACCAUCCCAUACUUACAAUUAUUUUAUGAGCAUUUUGUUUAACACAGUCCGUGAUGAAAUUGCUAAAUGCUUACAAGUAGCAUACAAAAAAGUGUCCAUUGUUUCUGCUAUGGAAAAACUAAAUUUUAACGACAUUAACGAAAUGAAAGAAUUUGCUAUUAAAAAAAAUUGGAUGUUGGGGAAAGAUAAUUAUUAUGUGUUCCAUGUAGAAGGAGAAAAAGAUACAAUACAACCGUUGCGUGCUGAAGAAAUAGUUAGUUAUACUUGUCAGUAUACUAAAGAUUUAGAUAUCAUUGUAUGAUCAUUUUACCUUUUU